CCUGUUAUCCCCCAUAAACCCUAACAAAACCCACCCAUCGGCCCCCCGUUAGUUCAUUCAGAAACCGCCUCCACCUAUUCGAAAGCCCUACAACACGAGGGAUGAUCGUGGCAGGGGGUUGGAGGCGAUCGGUCACUGCGGUGGUGCGCUCCACCGCUGGUGUACGAUGGCCGGGCUUCUCCGCUCCUUCAUCCUCUCCUGCUGCUGCCGCUUACCAGGCUGCUGGAUGUGAAAACAAGGUCCCUCUGCUCUCUGGCAGAUGGUUCUCAAUUUUAUCUGCACCCAAAACCAGAACUGCAAUACAUAAAACGUGGCUUAAUCCACUUGUUAACAAUCUUCUUGGCCACUGCAGUGAAACAACUGCUGCGGCAGUUGACACGUCUGAUCCUUCGUGUGAGAAAUUUGAGUAUCAGGCUGAGGUUAGUCGCCUCAUGGAUCUCAUAGUCCACAGCUUGUAUAGCAACAAGGAGGUCUUCCUACGGGAGUUGAUUAGUAAUGCAAGUGAUGCUCUUGACAAGCUGCGUUUCUUGGGUGUCACUGAACCUGAACUCUUGAAGGAAGCUGUUGACUUUGAUAUCCGCAUACAGACUGACAAAGACAAUGGGAUAAUAACAAUUACAGAUACUGGUAUUGGCAUGACUCGUCAAGAACUUGUUGACUGCCUGGGUACCAUUGCUCAAAGUGGAACUGCAAAGUUCCUAAAGGCAUUAAAGGACAGUAAGGAGGCUGGUGUUGACAGCAAUUUAAUUGGACAAUUUGGUGUUGGCUUUUAUUCGGCAUUCCUUGUUUCCGACAAGGUAGUUGUUUCAUCAAAGAGUGCAAAAUCUGAUAAACAGUAUGUAUGGGAAGGAGAGGCGAACGCCAGUUCGUAUACAAUCCGUGAAGAGACGGAUCCAGAGAAACUUAUUCCGAGAGGAACACGUCUUACUCUAUACCUUAAGCGUGAUGACAAGGCAUUUGCACAUCCGGAGAGAAUUCAAAAUCUUGUGAAGAACUACUCGCAAUUUGUGUCUUUUCCAAUUUACACUUGGCAAGAGAAGGGCUUCACAAAAGAGGUUGAGGUUGAUGAGGAUCCAGCUGAAGCCAAGAAAGAAGGGGGGGAUGAUGCUAUUACAGAGAGAAAGAAGAAAACCAAGAAAGUAAUUGAAAAAUACUGGGAUUGGGAACUCACUAAUGAGACAAAACCAAUAUGGCUUCGUAAUCCCAAAGAUGUCACUACAGAGGAGUACAAUGAAUUUUACAAGAAAACUUUCAAUGAAUACUUGGAUCCACUGGCAUCUUCGCACUUCACUACAGAGGGUGAGGUGGAAUUUAGAUCUAUACUUUUUGUUCCUGCUGUGAAGAAGGAUGAUAUUGUUAACUUUAAGACAAAGAACAUCAGGCUAUAUGUUAAACGUGUGUUUAUAUCUGAUGACUUUGAUGGUGAACUGUUCCCUAGAUACUUGAGCUUUGUAAAAGGUGUUGUCGAUUCAAAUGAUCUGCCGCUUAAUGUUUCACGGGAGAUCCUCCAAGAAAGUCGCAUUGUGCGAAUCAUGAGGAAACGCUUAGUUCGCAAGGCCUUUGAUAUGAUACUGGGAAUUUCACUCAGUGAAAAUAGAGAUGAUUAUGAGAAGUUUUGGGAGAAUUUUGGUAAAAACUUGAAGCUCGGUUGCAUUGAAGAUCAUUCAAACCAUAAAAGAAUUGCCCCAUUGCUUCGUUUCUUUUCAUCCCAGAGUGAGAAUGAGUUAAUUAGCUUGGAUGAAUAUGUAGAGAACAUGAAGGUAGACCAGAAGGAUAUCUACUUUAUUGCGGCAGACAGCUUAACUAGUGCGAGGAAUACCCCUUUCCUGGAGAGACUUAUUGAAAAGGACUAUGAGGUCCUAUUUUUGGUGGAUCCUAUGGAUGAGGUUGCCAUCCAAAAUCUAAAGUCCUACAAGGAUAAGAAUUUUGUUGAUAUCAGCAAGGAGGACUUGGAUUUGGGUGACAAGAAUGAAGAGAAAGAAAAGGAAAUCAAGCAGGAAUUUGGCCAAACCUGUGACUGGAUCAAGAAGAGGUUGGGUGACAAGGUUGCCAGUGUUCAGGUUUCCUACCGUCUCAGCUCCUCACCAUGUGUCCUUGUAUCUGGGAAAUUUGGGUGGUCUGCCAAUAUGGAGAGGUUGAUGAGGGCACAAACUCUUGGUGAUACAUCUAGUUUAGAAUUCAUGAGAGCUAGGAGGGUGUUUGAGAUUAACCCAGAGCAUCCAAUCAUAAAAAACUUAAAUAUUGCAGGCAGGACGUCCCCUGAUGAUCCGGAGGCUCUGAGAGCUAUUGAUUUAUUAUAUGAUACUGCUUUAAUAUCAAGUGGCUUCACUCCUGAAAACCCAGCAGAACUCAGUGGGAAGAUAUAUGAAAUGAUGGGCACGGCUCUGGGUGGUAAAUGGGCUGCUGGAUCCCCCAUCUCCCAGGAAUAUGGCUCUCCAGGAGUACAUUGCGGAUCUGCGAAUAAGGUGACGCCCGAGGCUGAAGUGGUAGAAUCUGUGGAAGUUGGAGGUCAAAAAUGAGACUUCUGAGUGGGCUUAUAAUUAUUUAAUCCCUUCUAAAAAUAUUUGGCUUUUGGCUAUAUAAGCAAGCUGGUGAGGGCGUGUCUUGUGCUAGAGCUUGUCUUUUGUUAGUGGUCUAUGUUAUGGUUAGAUGGUAUAACUAAGCGACUUAUAUACGAGUUUUGGGAGUGGAUGGACCAAGUAUAUCAUGUCAUUGCUCUUGAUUGAUGAAAAUCAAAUUA